GUACGAAUUACUACUGUGUUUUCCUUAACUAUACCUACAUUAUUCAGCAUGCUUAUCAUGUGCACUAUUUUGACCAACUGUGUAUUUAUGACCAUGAGUAACCCUCCAGACUGGACAAAGAAUGUAGAGUAUACGUUCACUGGAAUUUACACAUUUGAGUCACUCAUAAAAAUCAUUGCAAGGGGCUUUUGCUUAGAAGAUUUUACGUUUCUUCGAGAUCCAUGGAACUGGCUAGAUUUCACUGUCAUUACAUUUGCAUAUGUGACAGAGUUUGUGGACCUGGGCAAUGUCUCAGCGUUGAGAACAUUCAGAGUUCUCCGAGCUUUGAAAACAAUAUCAGUCAUCCCAGGCUUGAAGACUAUUGUGGGAGCCCUAAUUCAGUCUGUGAAGAAGCUCUCGGACGUUAUGAUCCUGACUGUGUUUUGUCUGAGUGUAUUUGCACUAAUAGGGCUGCAGCUGUUCAUGGGCAACUUGAGGAAUAAAUGCCUGCAGUGGCCUCCAGAAAAUUUUACUUUGGAAACAAAUAUUACCUCCCAACUAAACAGCACUCUAGGUGAAAAUGGUACCUUAGUUAACUCAACAGUGACUCCAUUUGACUGGAAGGGGUACAUUGAAGAUGAAAGUCAUUUUUAUUUUCUGGAAGGGCAAAAUGAUGCUCUGCUUUGUGGAAAUAGUUCUGAUGCUGGGCAGUGCCCAGAAGGAUAUACAUGUGUGAAAGCUGGUAGAAACCCCAAUUAUGGGUACACAAGUUUUGACACUUUCAGCUGGGCAUUCUUGUCACUAUUUCGCUUGAUGACUCAAGACUUCUGGGAAAACCUUUAUCAAUUGACACUACGUGCUGCUGGGAAAACAUACAUGAUAUUUUUUGUUCUGGUGAUUUUUCUGGGGUCUUUCUAUCUGAUCAACUUGAUCCUGGCUGUGGUCGCCAUGGCCUAUGAAGAACAGAAUCAAGCAACCAUGGAAGAAGCAGAACAGAAAGAGGCAGAAUUUCAACAGAUGCUAGAACAAUUGAAGAAACAACAAGAAGCAGCUCAGGCAGCAGCGGUGGCGGCGGCAGCAACAGUAACAGCAUCCGCGGAGUCCAGGGAGCCCAGCGCUGGGGGAGAAGCAGGAGGGGUCUCAGAAAGCUCCUCAGCAGCAUCAAAAUUGAGCUCAAAGAGUGCAAAAGAGCGGAGAAAUAGAAGGAAAAAAAGAAAACAGAAAGAACAGUCAGGAGGAGAGGAAAAAGAUGAAGAUGAAUUUCACAAGUCUGAAUCAGAAGACAGCAUCAGACGGAAAGGUUUCCGAUUAUCCAUUGAAGGCAAUAGACUGACAUAUGAAAAGAAGUAUUCUUCUCCACAUCAGUCUUUGCUGAGCAUUCGAGGCUCCCUGUUUUCUCCAAGGCGCAACAGCAGAACAAGUCUUUUCAGCUUCAGAGGCAGAGCAAAGGAUAUAGGAUCUGAAAAUGACUUUGCUGAUGAUGAGCACAGCACUUUUGAAGACAAUGAUAGCAGAAGAGAUUCUCUGUUUGUACCACGCAGACAUGGUGAACGGCGCAACAGUAACAUUAGUCAGGCCAGUAGGUCAUCCAGGAUGCUGGCAGUGUUUCCAGUGAAUGGGAAGAUGCACAGCACUGUGGAUUGCAACGGGGUGGUUUCCCUGGUUGGUGGACCAUCUGUUCCUACAUCGCCUGUUGGACAGCUUCUGCCAGAGGUGAUAAUAGAUAAACCAGCUACUGAUGACAAUGGUACCACUACAGAAACAGAAGUGAGAAAGAGAAUAUCAAGCUCUUUUCAUGUUUCUGUGGAUUACCUGGAAGAUCCAGCUUUAAGGGAGAGAGCCAUGAGUAUUGCUAGCAUCCUCACAAACACUGUGGAAGAACUUGAAGAAUCAAGACAGAAAUGCCCACCAUGUUGGUAUAAAUUUGCAAAUAUUUUUUUGAUCUGGGACUGCAGUCCACAUUGGUUAAAAGUAAAACAUAUUGUCAACUUAGUUGUAAUGGACCCAUUUGUUGACCUGGCUAUUACGAUUUGCAUUGUUUUAAAUACACUCUUUAUGGCUAUGGAACAUUAUCCGAUGACCGAAGAAUUCAAUAAUGUACUUUCAGUUGGAAAUCUGGUCUUCACUGGAAUCUUCACAGCAGAAAUGUUUCUCAAGAUAAUUGCAAUGGAUCCUUACUAUUAUUUUCAGGAAGGCUGGAAUAUUUUUGAUGGUUUUAUUGUAACCCUUAGCUUGGUUGAGCUUGGUCUUGCAGACGUGGAAGGACUCUCAGUUCUUCGAUCAUUCAGAUUGUUGCGAGUCUUCAAACUGGCAAAGUCUUGGCCAACUCUAAAUAUGCUGAUUAAGAUUAUUGGCAACUCAGUGGGGGCUCUGGGGAAUCUGACCCUGGUGCUGGCCAUCAUUGUGUUCAUUUUUGCUGUGGUUGGGAUGCAGCUGUUUGGGAAAAACUACAAGGAAUGUGUUUGCAAAAUCGCAAGUGACUGUGUGCUUCCACGGUGGCACAUGCAGGAUUUUUUCCACUCUUUCCUGAUCUGGAGGGGGAGACAUUUGUGCUGUGCUCUGAUUGUAUUCCGAGUGCUGUGUGGAGAAUGGAUAGAAACGAUGUGGGACUGCAUGCAGGUUGCAGGCCAAGCCAUGUGCCUUACUGUCUUCAUGAUGGUCAUGGUGAUUGGAAACCUAGUGGUACUGAACCUGUUUUUGGCCUUGCUUUUGAGCUCAUUUAGUGCAGACAACCUUGCCGUGACAGAUGAUGACAAUGAAAUGAAUAAUCUCCAAAUUGCUGUAGCAAGAAUGCAGAAGGGCGUAGAUUAUGUGAAAAGAAAAGCACGCGAAUUCAUCCAAAAAGCUUUUGUUAAAAAGCAAAAAGCUUUAGAUGAAAUCAAACCACUUGAAGAUCUGAACAACAAAAAUAGCUGUAUUUCUAACCACACAACUGUGGAACUAAGCAAGGACCAUGACUACAUUAAAGAUGUGAAUGGAACAACUAGUGGCAUAGGCACAGGUAGCAGUGUGGAAAAAUACAUAAUUGACGAAAGUGAUUACAUGUCAUUCAUAAACAACCCAAGUCUCACCGUGACAGUGCCCAUUGCUGUGGGUGAAUCUGACUUUGAAAAUCUAAACACAGAGGAAUUUAGCAGUGAAUCAGACCUGGAGGAAAGUAAAGAGAAGUUAAAUUCAUCUAGUUCUUCUGAAGGCAGCACAGUUGAUAUUGGACUUCCUGCAGAAGAGCAACCAGAAGCUGAACCUGAAGAAGCCCAGGAGCCAGAGGCCUGCUUCACAGAAGGUUGUGUACGAAGGUUCAAGUGCUGUCAAGUAAGUAUAGAAGAAGGGAGAGGAAAGCAAUGGUGGAACCUUAGAAAAACCUGCUUCAGGAUUGUCGAACACAACUGGUUUGAGACCUUCAUUGUGUUCAUGAUUCUCCUCAGUAGUGGAGCUCUG